CGGCGCUUUAAGUUGAUCUAGUGCACUUCAUAUUGCUCAGGGCCGUGUUUGGAUCUCAGCGGCCAAUUGUGCGACACACACGCACACCGCGGGUUAGUGAAGCGGGCGCUCGGGCUCGAGUCUCUGCGUCCCUCAGUCUCUGCGUCUCACACUGCCAUGGCUCCCGCUGCUCUUUUCCCGUGUUUAUUCCGUAUCAGGUCUCUGAGCUCGGUCACACUUUGCAAACAUUCCUUAAAAAUCCUCCAGAGGACCAGCGCCGAUGGACGAGUGUGCGUCGUGUCUUGCCGGAGGAACGCGUCUACGGAGGAGGCUCUGAGCCACAGCGUGUCGGAUCUGACGCACAGAGAGAGGACGGUGCUCGAGCGUCUGUACGAUGGCCUGGUCGGGGGUCAGAGGUCAUCUCUGGCCGAGUGUAUAACGCUGGUGGAGACGCAGCACCCUCGGAAGAAGGAGCUCGCCCAGGUGCUCCUGCAGAGGGUGCUGGCGUACCGGCAGGAGCGUGAGAGGGUCGCAGGAGGGAAACCGGUCGCCUUCAGAGUGGGUUUGUCCGGUCCUCCCGGUGCUGGGAAAUCCUCCUUCAUCGAGGUUCUGGGGAAAAUGCUGACGGGUAAAGGACACAAAGUCUCAGUGCUGGCUGUGGAUCCUUCCUCGUGCACUACGGGAGGCUCGCUGAUGGGGGAUAAGACGCGGAUGACCGAACUCUCACGAGACAUGAACGCUUUUAUCCGACCGUCUCCGGCGUCAGGCACGCUCGGUGGGGUAACGAGGACCACCAACGAAGCCAUAGUCCUGUGUGAGGGAGCAGGCUACGACAUCGUGCUCGUAGAAACAGUGGGUGUUGGACAGUCUGAGUUUGCAGUGGCCGAUAUGGUGGACCUUUUCGUGUUGCUAAUUCCACCAGCAGGAGGCGACGAGCUACAGGGAAUAAAGAGAGGUAUUAUUGAGAAAGCUGACCUGGUCGUAGUGACGAAGUCAGACGGUGAUUUGGUCAUCCCAGCUCGCAGGAUUCAAGCCGAGUACACGAGUGCGCUGAAGCUGCUUCGAAAGAAAUCCAAAACCUGGAUACCUAAGGUGGUCCGUGUGUCCUCUCAGACAGGACAGGGUGUCCCCGAGCUCUGGGACGUCAUGCUGCAGUAUCGCGACGUCAUGUUGUCCAGCGGUGAGUUGCAAACCCGCAGACGUGAGCAGCAGAAGGUCUGGCUGUGGAGCCUGAUCCAGGAAAACGCCUUGCGCCACUUUCAGGAACACCCGGCGGUGCGGGCGGCGCUGCCAAAGAUGGAGUGCAGGGUAGCACAAGGAGACAUUAGUCCUGGACUGGCAGCCGACCUCCUGCUGAGGGCCUUCAGGACCACAUAGUAAUACAAAGACCUGUCUUGGGAAGAGGUGCAAUGUGUAAGGAAUGAAUCCUGGGAUGAUUAAAGCUUUGGUAUGUGGGUUGGUGCAAUUAUUAUUUACAGGUUUUCAACAUCUCACUGUAAAUAUUGAAGCAAAGCUGGACAAAAUUCAUAAACGUAGCAAAAGCUCAUGUCCUAUGUAACAAGGUGGAUAAAAAAAACAAUAGCUAGCAUAAUGUAAUAACAAAUUAAUGAAUAGAUAUAUAAAAUAAACAUGUGUUUUUUUUUUUUCUUAAGAAUGUUUCUAAAGUACCUCCUACUCAGCAAAACAUUGGCCAAAAUAUUCACGCGAAAGCUAUUGAAAGUGGAACCUCGGCAUACGAAUUUAAUCCGUUCUGUAGGCGAGUCCUUUUGUAUUGUGAAACGCAUUUUUAAUGCAGAUAAUCCCAUGGUAAAUGCGGAUAAUUCGUGGUGGAAAAAAGAUGCCCUUUGACCCCUUUAAAUUCAGACAGGACCAGGUUGAAUAUACAAGGUGCCGUGUACUGUAGUCCAGAAGCGCUUGACCCAUGCAUAUUUAUUAAAGGGCGAGGAAGCUCCAAAAUGUCAGCACUGUAACACUAAUCUGACUAUAAAGCAUAAACUUUUGACCUGCCCAAGUUUUAAUGCCAUGAGACAACGAUUUCUACCAGAACAAACUUUAAAGAACUUUUUCUGCAAGAUGAAACCAGGAAAAACUUUUACAAUUUUUAGCAAAAGUGCAUCUAAAGAACCCUGUAUAAAAUCUUGUUCUUCUGGCCAAGGCCAUUUUAUAAUGUAAUAUUUAUUUAUUUAUCCUAUUUCUUUUAUUUUAUUUUUUGCUGAUAUUUAAAUCCCUUACAUUAUAUCUAUAAUUUAAUAUUAUAUCAGUUUGUAUAAAUUGGUUGAAAGUUUAAUAUGUAUCUGCCAUGAAAUAGCCUGUGAAGCUGAUAUGGCAAUAAACCCUAAUACAAACAAACAAAAACCUAAAAAUAUUACCAAUAUUACCAUUUUUAACACUAUAUAACA